AUGCAGAAAGAGGUAAUCGCAGGAUAUGUCGGCAACAAAAUGGCCGCAUUCGUCAUGCAGACUAUGGGCUGCGACGUCGCUGCCAUCAAUACCGUGCAGUUUAGCAAUCACACCGGUUACAAGCAGUUCAAAGGCACCAAGACAUCUGCAGAAGAAAUAUCCCACCUCUACGCUGGGCUCAAGGAAAGCUACCUUACCGACUUCGAUGUCAUGCUUACGGGCUAUGCCCCCAGCGCUGAAGCCGUUGAUGCAAUCGGCGCCAUCGCCAGGGACAUGAAGCUUCGAGCUUCAACAAAGGUGGGGUCCUUCUUCUGGGUCCUCGAUCCUGUCAUGGGCGAUCAAGGGCGACUCUACGUUAGUGAGGACGUUGUACCCGUGUACAGAAACCUGCUGCGGGACGCCGACCUGAUCCUCCCCAAUCAAUUUGAAGCGGAGCUCCUCUCUGAGACCAAAAUCACAUCCCUAUCGACCCUCCAAGAGGCUCUUGCAAGACUCCACAAGACUCACCGUAUUCCACAUAUAAUCAUUACUUCCAUUCGACUCUCAGAUUCGCCCUCAAGAAUGUCUGUUGUCGGCUCUACCGCCCGAGCCGACUUUUCUCCUCGUAUCUUCAAAAUUGAUAUCCCAGCUAUAGACUGCUUCUUCAGCGGAACAGGUGACAUGUUCGCGGCGCUGACUGUAGUUCGACUUCGUGAAGCUGUAACGGAAGCUAAUCUGAGCGGUACCAAAAGCUGGGUUUCCUCCAACGACGUCAAAGCAACAGAUCUGCCGCUGGCAAAGGCAGCAGAGAAGGUUUUGGGGAGUAUGCAUGCUAUCUUGGUGAAGACAAAGGAGGCCAGGGACCAAGAAUUGGAAGGAAUGGGUGGGUCACUAGGGGUUAUGGAGAAGGAAAAGGACAGCGAAAAGAGAUUGGGCUUACGGCGCACAAAGGCAGCUGAGGUGAGAGUUGUGAGAUGUUUGGAAGACUUGAGAUCGCCUCGUACAGCCUGGAAGGCGGAGGGUCUGGCUGGAGACGAAGAUGCUGAGGGGCGAAGAGCUCAAACGACGGAGGGAACGGGUGCGGCAGAGAGCGAAGACCUGAGGGUUCUGAGACUGGAGCAAGACACUAGUGCGGUGCCAGAGACGAAUGAGGAGAAAGCAGAGCCGAAACAUCUGGCUGAAAAUAGAAGUGAAGGAAGUGACGAGAUUGAAGAACCCGAGAAGACAUGA